GUUAAUAGUAAAUUUCCCUACAAAAUAUCUCUGUAUCCGCUCAUCUCUUAAAAAAAGAGGUAUUUUCGUCUGUAAACAUUUUCAAUCAGAAAUCAUCUUAUCUGAAAAAAUCCCGAUUGGACCUUGGCAUCUUCCUCUGCUCUUCGACUUGUUGCCAACUUGCGGCCGCUUGUUCAAAUCAACCUCGCCGCACGCCGCCGGCUUCACCCCUCGCCAAAACGCUCACCCUAAGUGAGUACGUCCCAAAUAAGCUAAUAUAGAUUUGCUCACCCCGUCAUGCAGUUACGCCCUUCGGUCCAUGUCGCCUGUUUGAGUCCUUGAGAGUUCAAAGUUUGAAUUUCAGCAUUUGGGGUGAGAAUAGAUUAUCUUCUCAUCUGGGUCGUUAAGACGUCGUUUUUUAGUUUUAAAGUUCUUCGUUUGGCUUUAGCUUAAAAAGAAUUAACAUCUUCAUACACGCUGAACGGAGGGUUGACGAUUUGCAUCAUGUUGACAGACAGGAGAAGUAAGCAAGAAGAAGUUUAGGGGUGGCAUUACAUAUAUAUAUAUAUAUAUAUAGUAUAUAAUUACCCUAUCUAUAUUUUGUGUUUUUGUGCUGUUUGGUAAUACUUUUAAAUUCCUAAGGGUUCUUGUGUGGGUGCUCAUUUAGCAGAACUUUGCUACUAUUUAUAGGGAAGUUUAUUGUGUGUUUGUGCCUUUGCAUUUAUCGCGAUGUGAUAUUGUAUCUUAGCACAUGACACGAGAAGUAGCUACUUGAUAUCACACAGAAUGAGACUUUAUGCUUUACAUUAUUCUUCAUUUUGUAUGUGGAUGUUUUUUCUCUAUGAUAAGAUGUAUUUAUUCUCGUGGAGCUCUUUCGGUAGGAAUACUGUAUGGCAUUUAUUUUGUUUUACAUAUUACUACGUAAUAGAUAGAUUAAUUGUGUAUAUUCGUUUAUCAACCUAUAGAAGUUGUUUAGUUUAUUUGACUUGGGGAAAGCUAUCAAGUAUUCAAGUAAUCUCUUUAGUAUUUCCGAAAUGGCAAUUAAACCUCUGUCCUGAAAAAAUAUGCAAACGAGUACACAUACUAUUGAGAAACACUCAUAUUGCCAUUUUAGCAUGUCAUCUCUAGGUUUCCAGGUAAACUAAUGAAGAUGAUCCAUUUUUUGAACAUCUAAAUCUGCCGUACUUGGGGAGUAACGGGAAGAAUGAUGUAAAACUGGAAAUUGAUUUCAAGAUGCUGAAGCAAGAAAAGAAGGAAAUAAAGGGGAGUUUCUGUGACAAGAAUCGAUGUAUUGAUCUGAUGAAUUCAUUUAGAGCAUUCUUGAACAGUCCAAUUGGCCCUAAAACUACUCAUUUCUGGGGUCCUAUUGCGAACUGGGGAUUUGUUGCAGCGGCUUUAUUGGACACACAGAAGCCCCCUGAAAUGAUAUCUGGAGAGAUGUCAUCAGCAAUGUGUAUAUAUUCUGCAUUGUCCAUGAGGUUUGCAUGGAUGGUUCAGCCUCGCAACCAUCUACUUUUGGCAUGCCAUGUUUCAAAUGAGUGUGUCCAGCUGUAUCAACUAUCUCGUUGGGCAAAGAGUCGGGGGUCAUCCGGAAACAGUCUCUCUCUGCUUUAGUACAUGUAUAAGGUUGCGUACAUCUGACCCUCCCUUACCCCACCAUUGGUGGGAGCCUUUGCGGCAUUGGGGUACUUGCAGCAGAAGCAGGAGGAUAAAGUCCAGUGAUUUAUGCUGCAUCUCUUCUAAUUUAGAAUAGACCUCUUUAUACUCAUCAACUCUUGGCAGCUUCAUCAUUUGUGCAUGCACCAAGAGUAACCAUUUGUAGUGCAUGAAAAGCUAUGUGCACAAAAAAUGUAAAAAUGUAAAAUGUUACCCUAUCCUUACUCUCAGUAUUCAGGGUUUAGUGUUUUACUAGAGGUAGGAGUGACGCAGUGUCUUAGUAAUUUAGAAUACUAGUUAUCCAACUAGGCAACUAUUGUAGUAGCAGAAUUUUUAUGAUAUAUUAAUGUUAUUUUGCCCUAUUGAAUAAAAAAUCUAUCUAGUUUGUAAAAUUAAAGUGAUUUACAUUUUUUAGUUUUUAAUUAUUCGUUUUAAGUU